CGCCAUGCUGUAUCUGGAGGAUUAUCUGGAGAUGAUCGAGCAGCUUCCCAUGGAUCUGCGCGACAGGUUCACCGAGAUGCGGGAGAUGGACCUGCAGGUGCAGAGAGAACAUUUUGUUUCCUGCUCAGUUUGUAACUGGCUAGAAUGUUCCAAAGUCAGCAGUCUAGAGCCCUGGGUGAGGAGUUUGGGUCGUGCUUUAAGUCACUACCACUGCUCUUAGGGACAAAAAACCUUUAGAACUUGGAGUCCUGCCUGUCCCAUGCUGGAGAGCACAAGAACCUUGAUGAGAAUCCUACCAGAAUGCAAUUCUGCUUCUUGGAAAUUAAGAUGCAAUGGAUCAGCUUGAGCAGAGGGUAAAUGAAUUUUUUAUGAACGCAAAGAAAAACAAACCUGAAUGGAGAGAAGAACAAAUGACAUCAAUCAAAAAAGAUUAUUAUAAGGCUUUGGAAGAUGCAGAUGAAAAAGUGCAACUGGCUAAUCAAAUAUAUGAUUUGGUAGACCGUCAUUUGAGAAAAUUGGACCAGGAACUUGCUAAAUUUAAAAUGGAACUUGAAGCAGAUAAUGCUGGAAUUACAGAAAUAUUAGAGAGACGGUCUCUGGAGCUGGAUACACCAUCACAGCCUGUGAAUAACCAUCACGCCCAUUCUCACACUCCAGUAGAGAAAAGAAAACACAAUCCAUCUUCUCAUCAUAGUACAACAGAUCAUGUUCCUGAAAAGAAGUUUAAAUCUGAAGCUCUUCUAUCUACCCUUACUUCAGAUGCUUCUAAAGAAAAUACACCAGGGUGUCGAAACAGUAAUUCAUCAUCCUCUUCAAACAAUGCAUACAAUACAAACUCUUCUCAACCAUUGGCAUCAUAUAACCUGGGCUCAUUAUCUUCAGGAUCUGGGGCCGGUGCAAUUACCAUGGCAGCAGCUCAAGCAGUGCAAGCCACGGCACAGAUGAAGGAAGGAAGACGAACAUCCAGUCUAAAAGCCAGCUAUGAAGCAUUUAAGAACAAUGAUUUUCAGCUUGGAAGAGAAUUUUCAUUAUCCAGAGAUUCAACUGGAUAUUCAUCAUCAGCUUUGGCAUCUACAUUAACACAGACAUUAAGUUCAUCAACCACAGAUUCACGAAGUGGCAGAAAAAGCAAAAACAACAACAAAUCCUCAAGUCAGCAGUCUUCAUCAUCUUCCUCUUCUUCGUCUCUGUCAUCGUGUUCUUCUUCAUCUGCACUGGCACAAGAACUGUCUCAGCAAACGGCAGUGAUACCAGAGUCUGAUUCCAAUAGCCAGGUGGACUGGACCUACGAUCCAAAUGAGCCACGAUACUGCAUUUGUAAUCAGGUGUCCUAUGGUGAAAUGGUAGGCUGUGAUAACCAAGAUUGCCCUAUUGAGUGGUUCCACUACGGAUGUGUUGGACUGACAGAAGCACCGAAAGGGAAAUGGUACUGUCCACAGUGUACGGCUGCAAUGAAGAGAAGAGGCAGUAGACAUAAAUAAAUUUCCUCAUCUGGAAAACAAAUUGCAUACUAAAGGUUUUACAGGGGACUUGGGAGGGGGAGGAAGCCCCCCAUCACACUUCCUUGCAACCACUUAAGGGUUAACAUAGCAGUCAUAAGAUCUUGAACUAUUGAUUUUGCUAGUUGUGUUUUAAUAUUGUAAGUAAAUUAUUUAUGCACAUUGAUGUGCUACAGAUACUAUUCCAGUGAGCCUUGGAUUGUUCCAGUGGCCAACAUAUGCAGACAUUUGUACUAUCAACCCAUUUUCUCUAAGCAGUGGGCAUUCUACAAUUACUCAAUCUUCAAAAACUUCCAAUAAGUCCAGAUUUUAAAUGUAUGUUUUAUAUUCAACAGAUAUAUUCUGCUGCAUGAACUGUACUCAAGAGCUGUUAUGUAACACUAUGUAUAUAAAUGGUGCAAAAAGGCAGUGCUUCUGAAAAAAAAAUUAAGGAGACAAUGGUUUUUAAAAUGCCUUUAUAGCUUUGGUUCUUUAUGAAACUUAAUUCAGCAGGCUGAAGAAAAUGGUUCUUGUAUACAGCGGGCUGUUGUCCUCUAGGGUACUUGAGUAUGUAAAAACAAACAAAAAAAGCUGUAGAAUAAAACAAACUUGUGCCAUUAGUCUUUAUAUGUUUCUGCUCCAGAGAAGGCGCAGGCCAUAAGAGGAAAAAAAAGGUGUUAAAGUGAUGAUAAAUUUUUAUACCAAAUGUGUUUAUUUUUUUGUGCAAGUAAUCCUUUAAAUUUGAAUUGUAUUAGGUGUUAAAAUAAAACAACCUCAACUCUUCAAAUUAGUGUUUCCUGUAC